AUGGUCAGAGGCUUGCUGCUGUUGGCAGUUCUGGUCAUUAAUUCUAAUGGUAUUGUAGCCUUUCAGCCGUUCUUCGGUGGGCGGCGACCAACGCCAUGGUUUGCCCGUUCCGUAGCGCAGCCAUUAUCGGAUCCCAUGAUGACGGGUCCAGGAUCCAAUCUCGCUGCCAAGCAGAAGAAGAAAGAGGAGGAAAAGGUACCAGAGACCGCCAGCGAUAAAAUUCGCUCAGCAGCGUCCUUUAUGGUUAUGCAGCUGCAAAUGUCAGCCUUGACCAAGGCCAUGGAAGAGGACCAGAAAUCUGGAGAUGGGUCGAAAACACAGGAGCUGUUGGAAACAUGGGAAAAGUCAGCGACUGGCUCAACAACGACGGCAUCAGAAGCCACAUCUCCUGUGGUUAGUGAGUCCAAGCAAAAGGAAAUUGAGCAGAAGAAGACACAAAUGCUUCUGGAUGACAUUAACCAACGGAUGGCAGCUUCCACUGAUGGACCUGAUAAAGCCGACCCAGAGACAAAAACAGAAGAGGAAACCUCCAAAGCAGUAUUGGAAGACGCGGGCGACAAAGAAUCAGACGCCGAUGAAAAAGAAGACUCCACUGAAGAGGUGCAGCCACCAAGCAUAGAGGAACCCGAGAUUGCUGCUAAAGAAGAACAACCUGAGGAGGCAAAAGAAGAAGAGGCAGUACCGUCAAAGGCAGAGGAGGUAAUACUUUCAGAAGAAGCAGUCCAACCCGAGCCAGAACCUGCUCCAGUAGAACCAGCAACGUCAGAAAAAGAGACGCCACAACCUACGGUUUUUGAAGCCAAAGUUCCAGCUUGUGUGUCAACUGACUUUGGUCAAGCUCUUCCUGUCAUGGCAGAAGGACUACCACCACUGCGAGAGCCAUUAGUAGCCAAAGCAGCCUCAAGUGCUGUGGAAACUGCCCAACCGGAUACCGCUACUCAGACAGUGGUGGAGCCACUUCAAGCCACAGGAUUGGCUACCAAGGAGGAGGAGGAAGCAGAAACCAUUGAGGAACCAACCCCAGCUUUGGAGGAGAGCCCGACUCCAGAAUCUGAUCCAGAAAGCAAGGGCGAAGAUGAUAUCACUGCAACAACCACCAUUCCUACUGUGACGACUCCAGGGACUGUUGUAGAAGAGGAGAGUGAAGCCACUGAUACGCUAGAGGAUGUUGAUAAGCAGGAGGUUGCGUCGUCUUCAGUAGAGGUUGAAUCCACAGAUGAGAACCCAACAAUAGAAACAGCGGCACCCGCAUCGGACGAGCCAGAAGAGGCAAAGCCCGUGGCGGAACCGGUAUUGGGUGAGAGUGAAACAGAGCCCGAAGCGCGAGUGCUUGUCCCACCACCACCAAAGGAUGUGCCAGCAACGAGCGAAGCAGAAUCUGGAACAGAGUCAGAAGCACGAGUUAUUGUCCCUCCGCCACCAAAGGACGAGCCAGAAAACAGUGUAGCAGAGUCCACAGAGACCGAAGCACGGGUGCUCGUCCCACCACCGCCAAAGGAGGAGGCAGCAGAGUCAGAAGCACGAGUGCUCGUCCCUCCACCGCCAGAGGAAGAGAUGACAACGGAUGCAUCCAUGGAAUCGACAAAAGACGAUGAUGAUAAGUCACCCGCCGAGGAAGAACCAACAGAUAGCGAACCACAAUCUACCACGGAAGAACCGACAGAGAGCGAACCACAAUCAAAUUUAGAAGAAGCAGUGUUAUCCCAGGAAGAGCCACCAGCAACGGAUGAGCUAGACAAGACAGAAUCCCUGGAAUCAACACUGGACCCCAAAGAAGAGCCUGAAACCAAGGAAGAACCAUUGGCAGCAGAGACGUUACCUGCGACAGAAGAAGAUGAACGUGCCAAGCGGUAUGCUAGCCUUCCGUUAGGAGAAAGGGCUGCAGCUAUAUUGAAGGACUUGAAUCUGGUGCAGUCUACACCCGAUCCGGACGACCCUUCUUACGAUUCCAGCAACGACGAUGAGAUCGUAGCCGACACAAAAUGGAAAGAGUCAUAG